GGAGUGCCCGCGCUCCCGGUUGUAAGGAAGCCCGGCUCCCUCAGCUCCGUCCUUGUGCGGGCCGCGCGCUCCGCGCGCGCCGCUGGCCGAACGCGGACACCUGUUUCCCGCCCCCGUAUUUAAGCCGCUUGGCGCGUGCGCGGCCGUUAAACGGUCGGAGUCGGCCCGCUGCUGAGGGAGACGGCCCCGUAUGCCGUCUUUCGCUCCUGUCUGUUCCUGCGGUGCUGAGGUUCAGGUGCGGUUGCGGCUCCUCGAAAUGACUACCCCAAACAAGACACCGCCUGGUGCUGAUCCAAAGCAGUUAGAGAGGACGGGUACUGUAAGAGAAAUAGGCUCACAAGCAGUUUGGUCACUUUCUUCUUGUAAACCAGGAUUUGGGGUGGAUCAGUUACGAGAUGAUAAUCUGGAAACGUACUGGCAGUCGGAUGGAUCGCAGCCUCAUUUGGUGAACAUCCAAUUUAGACGAAAAACAACAGUGAAGACAUUAUGUAUCUAUGCAGACUACAAGUCUGAUGAAAGCUACACUCCAAGCAAAAUUUCUGUCAGAGUGGGAAAUAAUUUUCAUAAUCUCCAGGAAAUCCGGAAUGGAUGUGGCUUUUCCUGCCAUGGACUUGGCGUCACGGAGCAGCAAGAUCCAUCACUAAGGAAAUGGUUUUUCACCAGUCAGAUUUCAGAUGUUGUUCUAGAUGUGACGGAUCUGGGAAACAUGCCUCAAGGACAAGAACUAAAAAUAUAAUUAUAGCUACAAUUAUAGUAUGACCAAAGUAAAUAAUAGCUACAACUUUGAACUUGACUUAAUAGUCUCUGUGAUUGCAGUCAAGGUGCUUGCAGUAAUGCACAAUGCUGAGGCAAUUAUCUGCAUCAUCUGGACUUUCUUAAAGAAUGAUGGCAUCCUGACAAAGUACCUUGGUGUUCUGAUGGGAAGCGGUGUAUACAGUUCAGUCAAAUCAUUGUCUGCCAAAUGGAACAAAGUCUGGGUUCAGCAGCAGAUGACUGAAAGCACUGUCCAUAAAUGCAGUUUUUUAAGAACUUGAUGGCAUUAGCAAGCUGGAAGUUCUCCUUAAGUAAGGAUGAAACGACCACUUUGGUCUUUCCACCAAAUGAAAGUGCACCAUGACUAUAGACUCUUCAGAGUCCUUGCCUAUAUUCAGUAGUAUCACCUACUUUGCACAAGUCUCAGAUUUUUUCAUCAGUGAGUUAAUCUCAAGCAGUAGGCUUUCUUGUGGUAGCGGUAUGAUGGUGUGUUUAGAAGUGCAAGUAAACACAAGGUAUUACUAGGUAAAUAUUCAGUCUGUUUAUUGAAUUAACUCCACAGUGAUGCAAAUAUAAAAUUCUACCACUUCUACUGGAAGACUCCAGAAAGAAUUAUGAACAGGAAAAAAAAAAAGAAAAAAAGAAAAAAAGAAAUUACAGGAUAUCAAAGCUAAUUUACUGUUUCUUGUGGAAAAUGUAAUUGACGUUGCCUGGUGAUACAGAAGAAGAAAUGCUUGCCAAUAUUUCAGUCCUCAGAAUUAAGACAAAAGGAUCCUAAUCCCCCUGAGCAGCUGCUAUCCAGGAAUUAACCACAGGAAUUCACCCCCUCAUGUCAUUUCUGGAAUGAAUCUUGGUCAUAUAAUAGCUAAUCGGAAGAUUAAGGAAUCAGAGUCAAUCAAUUAUCUGAAAAUCAAGUAUGUUAUUUAACUUUUAGAAUGCUAAGGCAAAAUCGGGUGGUAACGUUUGCUCUGUGUGAGGUCUGAUGUGUAACUCUCUACUGGCUGGGAGAUAGGACAACCAUUCUAUUCUGAAUCUCAGUAAAUUGAUAACGUAUUUAUCCUGGAGUAUAUUAAAUCAGUUGUAAGUGAAAGCUGCAAUACUUAUCUGAAUGAACUUUUUUUCUGUUGGUUCUCCACUUUGCAAAUGACCCUACAGUUGACAAUGGCUUUUGGUCUUUUGAAGAAAUGUAAACUAAUUUCCUGCUUCAAUUUUUAAUGUCGUGUGUGAAAACAUCGAACUUCAGUCAUUUAAACUAACUGUGCUCUGGAAAAUAUGUAAAACUCCCAAACAUUUAUUGCAACAUGCCUAAUAAUGAUUAUGCCUGCUGCUGAAUAAGUUACAACAUCUGUAAGAUCAUCCUUUAAUCUUUUGCCACAUGACAGUAAAACACAAAGACUAAAGGUAAGAUAAAUCCCGGAGCGCGGAGGAAAGCAUAGUAUACAACAUUGGUUUAUCGACAAAAAGAAUAGUGCAAGGAAGAAGAACCAGAGGAAGGCACAGUGGACAGAAAUUCUUUACGAUGAAUGUAGUCAUCUGUUUUGUGUACCCUGGUCAUAUCUAGAACGAAAGGCAACAUUGUUUUGAUGCUAACCCAUAAAAACCCAAGCCAUGGUGAAAUAAGUCAUUGCACUAAGCUGUAUUUGACAUGCAAGCAUUUAUGUCUAAAAAUCAUAUGCUUAGGAGAUAGUUCAGCUGUUGGGUUGAACAUAUGCUUCUUCUGUACUAUAGAACUGGAUUAUGUCAUUAAAGAGUUCGGUUUCAAUUUUUAGGGUAAUAUGUAAAUAGAUCAUUGUACUAAGGCAGCUGUUAAAGGGACUCCGAGAUGAGUUAUUUGUUUAGUUGGAUGUGUUCAACAAUAGCCUUUGUUCGUGAAAGAGCCAGAGCAAACAAAUGAUUGUAAAAGGGCACACUUGAAAACAAUUACUUUUCACCCUUUCCUUGACAGCUUUGGCUGUGAAGCCAACUGAGGUAGAGAGGACUUCCCCGCCUGUUGGGCUAUAAUCAAACUUUCAGAAAAACUGGCAUUGCAAUAUUUGGCUGGGCUUUAGUAGUCCUUCGUGAACAAAGGGAGAAGAAGAAGACUGGAAGACGAAGAGUUAAAUGUCAACAACUGUAUGUAAAAAUCAUACUUGAGGCAGUGCAGUGCUGUGUGUUAGGGUAGCUCCAUUUCUGCUUCCAAAACCACAGCCAGUGGUGCCAUUUUCGUUAUAAAUUUCGCAAAUUUGGUCAAAAAUUCUCAAAGACCCAGCAUCUUAACCAAGAAGCUCUCACGAAAAUGUCUACUGAGCAUGUCAACUCUUUGCUUUUAAAGAAGCUGGUGUUCAGCUUUCUGCUAAUGUCAAAGCCAUAGAUAGAUGAUGAAGAGCAAGUUUAAACAAGCUAUUUUUUUUGGACUGUCAUAGAAUUUUUAAAACGUUUUUUUUUUAUAAGUUCUAUUCCAAUGCACUCCAUAACAGUUUGCCGUGUCUUUUAUGGAAAGACCAUCUCAUUUGGUGAAGUAUAAAUGACAUAUUUUGACAUUUUUCCCAAACAUGUAUUGAUAUGAUGAAGCAGAUCUGAGACGUUCAGAAAAGUUAAUCUGUCGUGGAAAAUAGUCUGAUUUUAAAAACCUGUAGAAUUAUAUUUCUUAAAAAGCGUAGAUUAUAUUUAAAAGAACAGAUUUGACAGCUCAGGAAUAGCUGGUGUGGCAUAUACGGUCAAUGCCACACAUUUACAUGAAGUUUUGAGUGCUGUUUGUCAAAUGGCAUCCAAGGGGAGUUAGAAGAUGCUUUCAAGUAAUUCUAAGAAGAGAAUAAACCCUACAAGUGUCUAAAGAUUGAAAAGUUACU